UCUCAUGUGCAGCGAAGAUGGCGAGCGGUGGAGGAGCAGUAGCUUCCCUCUGGACCGAAGUAAAUCGAUGCGGACAAAGUGGAGAUUUCACCCGGGCUCUGAAAUCCGUCAAUAAAAUCCUCCAGGAAUGUAAAGACGAUGUGACUGCUCUUCAUUGUAAAGUCGUUUGCCUUAUUCAGAAUGGGAGCUUCAAGGAAGCGCUGAAUGUCAUAAACACCCACACAAAAGUACUUGGCAGUGAUGUCAUUGCGUUUGAAAAAGCGUACUGUGAAUAUCGGCUGAACCGUGUGGAAAAUGCCCUGAAGACAAUCGAGAGUGCUGCUGCACAGACUGACGAGCUAAAGGAGCUCUACGGCCAAGUGCUGUAUAGGCUGGAGCGCUACAGUGAGUGCCAGGCCGUGUACAGGGACCUGAUCCGGAACUCCCAGGAUGACUACGAGGAGGAGAGGAAGACCAACCUGUCGGCCGUGAUGGCAGCCAUGAGUACCUGGGAGAAGGCUGCGCUGGAGGAUCUUGGCCUGCCAGAGACCAGCUAUGAGCUGUGUUACAACUCAGCUUGCACUCUCAUUGGCAAGGGUGAACUUGCAGAAGCCAUGAAAAAGCUCAGAGAAGCAGAGGAGCUUUGCCGGAUGUCUUUGUCGGAGGAUUCGGACAUGACCGAGGAGGAUAUCGACUCGGAGCUUGCAGUGAUCCACUCCCAGAUGGCUUAUGCCAUGCAGCUACAGGGAAGAACCGAGGAUGCACUGCAGCUCUACAACCAAGUUAUCAAAUUAAAGCCAACAGAUGUGGGAUUACUUGCUGUGACGGCUAAUAACAUCAUUACAAUAAACAAGGACCAAAAUGUGUUCGACUCCAAGAAGAAGGUGAAACUGACAAAUGCGGAUGGGGUGGAGCACAAGCUUGCCAAGAAGCAGCUGCAGGCUAUUGAGUUCAACAAGGCCCUUCUUGCCAUGUACACCAAUCAGGCGGAUCAGUGUCGCAAGCUGUCGUCCAGCCUCCAGUCGCAGAACCCCGGCCACCCGCGGCCCGCGCUCAUCCAGGCGGCUCAGCUUUGCAGAGAGAAGCAGCACUCGAAGGCCAUAGAGCUGCUGCAGCGCUUCUCAGAGCAGCACCCAGAAAGCGCGCCUGAAAUCAAACUGACCAUGGCACAGCUGUACUUAAUUCAAGGUCACGUUACAAAAGCAUGUGAUAUUUUAAGAUCAAUAGAAGAUUUUAAGCACAAGCCAGGGAUGAUAUCUGCUCUGGUUACAAUGUACAGCCAUGAAGAAGACAUUGACAGUGCUAUAGAUGUCUUUAGCCAAGCCAUUCAGUACUACCAGGCAGAACAGCCCGGGUCCUCCGCUCAUCUGUCCCUGGUUCGCGAAGCUGCGGAUUUCAAGCUGAAGUACGGGAGGAAGAAGGAAGCCAUAAGUGACCUGGAGCAGCUGUGGAAGCAAAACACCAAUGACAUCCACACCUUGGCACAACUCAUCUCUGCCUACUCUUUGGUGGAUCAAGAAAAGGCAAAGUCUCUUAGCAAACACCUCCCCUCCGCUGACACCAUGAAGUUCAACGUGGACGUGGACGAGCUGGAGAACUCGCACGGGGCCACCUACGUCAGGAAGAAGGCCGCUAAAGUGACGGGUGAAAAUCUACCCAAGGAACAGGGCCAAGGGGAUACAAAGAAGAAGAAAAAGAAAAAGAAGGGUAAACUACCCAAGAACUAUGACCCUAACGUAACCCCUGACCCGGAGCGGUGGCUGCCGAUGAGAGAACGUUCCUACUACCGCGGCAGGAAGAAGGGAAAGAAGAAGGAGCAAGUGGGAAAAGGAACCCAGGGCGCGACCUCUGGAGCUGCAGCUGAACUGGAUGCGAGUAAGACGGCGAGCAGCCCCCCCACGUCUCCCCGGCCGGGGUCAGCGACCGCCGCGGCCGCCUCCAAUGUGGUCCCGCCUCGGCAGCAGAAACCGGCUGCCUCGGGAGCAACCCGGAAAAAGCCCCAACAGAAGAAGAAGAAGGGAGGGAAAGGAGGCUGGUAACUGCAGGGGUCUCCCGGAUCCCACCACAGCCAGUUCACAACAAUGGGAAUGGAAGCGAUAUGAGUCAUGAGCUUUCCUGUUUUUAAUGUCCUUGUUUUGUUUUCCUUUUUCGAACAACUGCACAGGUGUAGAGAAUAAAGAAUCAUCUCGUGUUGCCAUUUCUGCCACCUUUGUUUUUGAGGAUGCAAUUUCUGGAAAAAAAAAAAAAAUCAGUGGACAAAAACCAUCUUCCUUUACUAUUUGUAAUAUACAUGUUUUUAUCCUUUUGUUUUUGCAGUUUUUUUUUUUUUGCAAGGGAGUUAUUUGUUCUUCAGGAGGGGUACAAUAAGUUGAGUUUAAUGUUUAGCCACUGGCAGGAUUUUUUUUUUUUUUUUUUUUGGUUGUAAGAUGCAGGCAUGUUCCAUAUGAAACAGUAGACCUUUGAUAAACAUUUUUUUAACCAACCAAAUGAAGAAACUCUGUGUAUGCAAAGUUAAAAAAUAUUUAUUUUUUAAAUUCCCUACAUAGAAUACACCCAAAUAUAAUUUCAGAAAUGAGAUUUAUCCUUAGGCUGCUGUACUUUGUCUGCAAGUUGUACAGGGAACCAUCCAAAAUAAUGAACAGACAGGUAGAUGAGUCCUCAAGUGUAAUGUUUGGCACACACUCAAUAAACUGGGUUCCUUGAUGAAUAUCCUGAAUAAACCCUUUUGUGUGUUUCCUCCAGACCGUUUCAGCAGGUGCGUUGGCCAUAAGGCCUUGGAGUUACACUGCCCUGCAACGAAGAAGUAACAUCAUGCUGACAAUCUCCAUAUUUCUCCAUCGGCCCACAGUAGAAGCUUAUCAGAGUC